AUGAAGUUGCAGCACGUUGUGUACCUGGUGGCUAUUUUCUUCGUGGUGGCUAUUUUCGUGAUUGCAUGUAUAGAAGAGAAUAAGUACUUAGUCUGGAUUAUGAUUAUUCUUGCAAACACCACCAACAUUUUGAGCCUCGUGCGUAGCAUUAGCUAUAUAAAAAAUAUAAGGAAGCACCAGAAGGACACCAAGAUCCAACGACAAUUAUUCUUUGAGAAAAAUGGCGGUGGCAUGUUGAUAGAGCGACUCUCGGGGGCAGGGUCAUCAAACAUUGAUUUCAAAAUCUUUACGGAGGAAGACAUGAAGGAAGCAACUAAUGGUUAUGAUGUGAGCAGAAUCUUGGGUCAAGGAGGCCAAUGGACAGUCUACAAAGGGAUAUUGCCUGACAACUCCAUCGUUGCUAUAAAGAAAACUCGGCUAGGAGACAACAACCAAGUAGAGCAGUUCAUCAACGAAGUGCUCGUGCUUUCACAAAUUAACCACAGGAACGUUGUCAAGCUCUUGGGUUGCUGUCUAGAGACUGAAGUUCCCUUGUUGGUCUAUGAAUUCAUUACCGGUGGCUCCCUUUUCGAUCACUUGCACGGUUCCAUGUUUGUUUCUUCUCUUACAUGGGAACACCGCCUGGAGAUAGCAAUAGAAGUUGCUGGAGCUAUAGCGUAUCUUCACUCCGGUGCUUCUAUUCCAAUCAUCCAUCGCGAUAUCAAAACUGAAAAUAUUCUCUUGGAUGAAAACUUAACUGCAAAAGUAGCUGACUUUGGCGCUUCAAAGUUGAAGCCAAUGGAUAAAGAACAGCUCACCACUAUGGUGCAAGGCACUCUCGGAUAUUUAGACCCAGAAUACUAUACCACAUGGCUUCUGAACGAAAAGAGCGAUGUUUAUAGCUUUGGGGUAGUCCUCAUGGAACUGAUAUCAGGUCAAAAGGCAUUGUGCUUUGAAAGGCCAGAGACUUCAAAACAUUUGGUGAGUUACUUUGUUUUGGCCACGAAAGAGAAUAGGUUGCAUGAGAUUAUUGACGACCAAGUGUUGAACGAGGAAAACCAGAGGGAAAUCCAUGAAGCUGCAAGAGUUGCUGUUGAAUGUACAAGACUAAAGGGAGAGGAAAGGCCAAGGAUGAUAGAAGUAGCUGCAGAGCUAGAAACGUUGAGAGCCAAAACGACCAAACAUAAUUGGUUGGAUCAGUAUCCUGAAGAGAAUGUACACUUGCUUGGUAGUAACAUCGUGUCAGCACAAGGCCAUACCAGUAGCCGUGGUUAUGACAACAACAAGAAUGUAGCAAGGUUUGACAUUGAAGCUGGCCGCUGAUAAAGACGAAGAAGAAGAUUGUUUUCGUCCAACGAGUCCAGGAAGAGGUUGUGGCAUCAUUGGAUUCACUGGAACAGGAAACUUAUGAGCAGAACUAACCAUUGUUCUUUCGUUUAUCAUCCCUACUUCUUUGCAGACUCUGUCUACUACUCCAAGGAAGUCUCUAACCACCAAGAAUAUUCUAAACGGAUGCGCUUCUUCUUUAGCCGAGUUUCCAUGGAAAUACUCUGUGAUUUCUUUUACAAGUGAUAACGCUACGCUCUCUUGAGCUUGUACUCUGAUGAUCUCUUCCUCAGCUCUUUUCAGAAACGUUUCCAUCGAUUCCGAAAACCUCUGACUGUUGCUUUCUUCUGUGAUUGUUGAUUGGACUUG